AUGGCGGAUCUGCAGGAGCUGUUUGCUCGUCUCAACAGUGGCAACCAGCAAGAGCAACAACAACAACAACAACAGCAGCAGCAGCAACAGCAUAGCUACCAACAGCCGUCUGUUUCGUCGCCCCUCUUCUCCCCAUCACCCAGUGGCCCGCAACCGCAUCACCAGAGUGCUGUCAUGUCGCCCAACACAUCGACCGCAAACACGCCCGCACCCGAGCAGGGACAGCAGGCGACCAACUUGUUAAACCUGCUCCGCUUUAACGGCGGGCAGGUGCGACGGGUAACCCAGAACGCACCAACCACCGAAGCCUCGCCAGUGCAUAGCCGUGCCGUCUCCCAUGCAGACCUCGCUGCGAACUUCGCGAACAACAGGUCAUCUUCGUACGGUGCAGCCUCGAUGUCCCCUGCACAAGCGCAGCAAGUCCCUGCGGCAUCCGAGAACCCCCAGGACUUGCUAUUGCGCCUGCUGAACCACCCCAAGCCUGCUCAGUCUGAUGAGCGUUCUCCUCGAACUUCUGCCGCUGCCUUUUCCCCGCCGGUCAAGUCCAACAAGCCUGAAACGGUUGUGGAUGACCUUGCGCAGGACCUUGCCGGUGCUGAAGCUCAGAAAGCGUCCGCUAAUCAGACUAAGAGCGAAGCUGCCGCUACUUCUUCUCCAAUGAGGAUCUUCGGCUCUGACGGUAACCGUGCGCCCGAGCGAUUUCAGCCUGAGGCCACUAGCCUGGCACCCAAGUUCACCUACGUCAACCCAUUUGACCAGCUCGAAGCUGCCAGUCCCCGAAACCGUACCCCAAACCCAGAACCGUCCAGGCCACCGGGCCCAAAAGUCGAGAUUCUCAAAAAGCAAAAGCGUGAACCAUCUGCGCCACCGGCCAACGCCAACAACGGAAACACUCAUCCUGAAUCACACGAGACUGUGGCAGAGGCUGUGAGCGAAUUGCGCGAACAGGUUGGCCAGCAGAUCGAAGACGCGCUUGCCGAGGCUGAAGCUGAGGGUAGCUCUACAUUGCACGUGGCCGAGGAGAAACGCGUGCCUACUGCCGAUGCCACUGAGGCUCAGGAGGCCGUGGUCGAUGUCGCCACUGAGAUCAAGAAUGACCUUGAGGACCCAGCUACAGCCAAGGAAAUCGGAGAAGCAUUGCCCAAGCCUCUCGCAGCAACACUGAAGGAAGUUGCCAAUGAGGUCGCUGAUGGAGACGUUGUCGACAAUUGGGAGACGGCUGAAGCUGAACAGAGUCUCGCACAGGGGGAUGAUCAGACAGUAAUAGUCUAUAGAUUCCCCAUGCGCGCAUUUGCUUCCAUUACUGUUAGCGACAUUCCUCAUCGUGUCCAGUUCCGACCGGAGCUUUUCAUGGACAUCGCGAGGUUGAAGAAGGAUUUUGAUCAGAUUGACCGCUCCCUUGUCUCGGCUAGCAAGAACUUCAUUGUCUACGCCCUUGUCAAGAAGGGCGGAUUCCGCAUCAUUCGUCAGGAGAAUGGUCAGUACCGCCAGGUAUUUGAGAAUCACCAGGAACGUAUCUUCAACAUCGCUUUGUGCACAUCGGAAGACGGCACACAGCAGUCGAUCGAGAGUAUUCUCGGUAUUGGUGUCAACGGCACAGUAUUUUGGACGUCGCUCGACCCGGCCCGUGAAGAUCAGUUUGGCGAGAAUCUCGACUCGCAGGGUCUUAUGCUACCUCCGUCACCUUCGCAAGAUGAUAACACAUCUGGUGGCCAGCUCAAGACUCGUGCCAAGCCGUCUUCGCGGCAUCCUGAAUUCUUCGCAGUUGGCCGGGGCAAGUCUAUUCAUAUCAUCUUCCCCAAGGUGGCUGCAGAAUACGCCCGCAGCAAGAACCGCAUUUGUCACACCGAAAAGUAUUUCAAAGAGCGUUCGCUGAAGAUCCUUACUGGCAAGGCCGGCAAGGAUUUCACGUUCAGUGAAGAUGAUACCAUCAUUGUCUCUCUCGAUAAAGCGGGCCGGAUGCGCUUCUGGGACAUUCGUACACUGACGGAGCCCGAACUCGGUAAUCCGCGCAGCGCACCGCGCCAAGUUGAGGUUUCGGAGACUCUACUCGAGUUCCACACGACUACCCCUAACGCAAAGUCGUGGCCUACAUCAGUUUUCUUCUUUGACAAGGACAAGCCAUAUACUAAGGGUAUUGCGCUACGUUAUGUCAUGGUGGGCAUGAAACAGAACCACGCUUUUCAGCUCUGGGAUCUUGGCCUUAACAAAGCGGUUCAAGAGAUUCAUUUGCCACACGAGAAUGAGUCUGACGCUAUUUGCAGCGUCUCUUUCCAUCCUAGAACUGGGAUCAUGGCCGUUGCCCAUCCUACGAGGAACUCGGUCUUCUUUGUACACGUUUCCUGCCCGAGGUAUAAUCUGCCACCCCUGAGCCAGGCAGCGUACAUCGCUCGUCUCGCGAAUAAGGGUGAGCGUAACCAGAACCAGCUGCCUCCAGUCAAUGCCACUGCCAUCAUGACAAGCAUCACAGAGUACUCAUUCGCCUCCAAGGGUCAGAUCAGGAGCUUGCACAUGCUUAACGAGCCCGCUGGCCCAGCUGAUGUGGAUGAUCCUGACAACGCUGCUCUGUUUGAGCUCUAUGUCAUGCACUCCAAGGGCGUGUGCGUCCUCCGCAUUCGCCGAAGUGACCUUGGCUGGAAGAAGGAAGGCGAGCCUAUCAACCCAAAGGAAGCUGAAGAAGAAGGUGUCAUCACUAUUGCACAGCUCAAGCCUCCCAUGGCUGUCACCGACGAGUCUUCAAAUGUCGGUGAUCCGCCUGCACCGAAGUCUGUCUCUGACCGUUCUGUUCGGGAGUCUGUUAAGAAGGAUAGCAGCAACGUGUCAAGACAAACGAUGACGCCCGAGGCUGCAAUGCGUGCCUCGACUCUUGCAAAGGUUGAGAGCAAGCAAGACGCAGCUCGUGCAGCCAUCAUCAACGGAGGUGCUGAGAAGGCAGACAAGAAGAAAAAGAAGCGUCCUGUAACCGAAACAGCAUCUCAGGUAUCGGCCUUACCAUCUGUCGCGGGCUCUACUUUGACUCGUGCCCCACCGUCAUCAUACGCACAGGCUGCUCAAGCUCCUCCACAAGCCAAGUCGCCUGCUCCUCAGCAUCUCCCUGUGGAGCCAGAGUCUUCCAAAACUCCUACUGCUGCUGCCAAUGUCGAGGCGCCUGAGUGGGCCAAGCAGCUUAUCAACAAACACUUCCAGAAAUCGACGACAGCCUCAGGGCCGGCAGAAUUGGAUGCUAAGAAAUUGAAGGAGAUUGUCCAAGCCGAGAUAACUGAGGGCUUCGCUCGUGAGCUCGACGUCAUGUACAAGCGUUUCGAUGAGGAUAAGCGCGUCAUGAAUGCUGCCAAUGGCGCCAAACAAGAGGCUAUCCUUCGUCUUGUCUCGAGCACUCUAACUGAUAACGUCGAAGGCGUGAUCCGGAAGAUGGUCGAAGACAACAUGCGCAAUGUUCUUCUUCCUGAGGUUCUUGCAAAGACGACCUCUACCCUUGAGAAGAGCAUCAGCACCAAUUUGAAGUCUGCUUUGGGACCUCAACUGUCCAAGGAAAUCCCUGAUGCGGUCUCGCGAUCGCUUAAGAGUCCACAGAUCUUCCAGUCACUCUCUGACCAGGUCGCAAAGAAGCUUACAGGUACACUUGAGCCCAUGGUUGUCGCAUCUGUCGGAUCGGUUAUCAAUCCCGCCAUUUCCAACUUUUCGAACAUGGUCGAGCAACAGAUAAGUGCACAGCUUCGUGAAGCACAUACUCAGCGUCAUGAGGAUGCUGCCAAGAUUGCUCAGCUCACCGACACUGUUCACACUUGCUUGGAGACCAUUCAGACCAUGGUCGCAACUCAGGCUGAACUCCAAGCACAAGUUGCAAAGCUUCAGCAGGCUGUCUCUCACUCAUCAACCCAGGGUGCACUCAAGGCAUCGGAGGAGGCUACGCCACCUCUUGAGCAGAAGAGUCCCGGGCAACUCGAGGUUGAAGCUAUCACCGAGCUUUUGAGCAAUGGUGAUUUCGCUCGGGGCACUAUGCAAUGGCUGCAGUCGUCCCGGUCUGGCGAGCUGUUUGAUGAAAUUUUUGUACGCUGCAACCCGAGCUACCUCACACAAAUGAGCCCGCUGCUCAUUCUGUCAACGGGUGCAAUUGUAUCUGCUGCAUUGGAACGCAACCUCCCGGAGCGACUCAAUUGGCUCGAGACCGUUCUUCGUAGUAUCAAUCCUAUAGACCCCGAGCUCAAGGACAUGAUUCCUAAGAUUAUGGAUGUUGUCAAUCAACGCCUCACGUCCAAGUACAUCGAACUCAACGAAAGCUCACCCGGUAAUCCUCUUCUUCGUCGCAUUUCAGGCUUGGUUCACGAGGGGAACGAGUUGGCUCGCGCGUCCAGGUCUUAA